AUGGACGCAGUCCGUAAUUCCAACUCUGAGCUGGUAUAUAAUGGUAUUUCCACACGACCAAAGAGAAGGCGUGUAUUAAACACAAGCAAAUAUAGAGAAAACCCAUCUCCGUUUUUCCUAGUCCAUUCCAUUGCUAUAGCUCUGGGGAUCCACUUCAUUAUUAUGGUAAUGAUAUGCGGUGCCAUAAUCAUACAUUCAUUAUUCCACCAAGAAGCUCCACUUCCUUUACAAGAAAGUUAUUGUGGCCCAUGUCCUAAAAACUGGAUAUGUUAUAGAAAUACCUGCUACCAAUUUUUUAAUGAAAGCAAAAGCUGGUACCAAAGCCAAGCCUCUUGUGUGUCUCAAAAUUCCAGUCUCUUGAAGAUAUACAGCAGAGAACACCAGGAUUUCCUAAAAUUGGUGAAGUCUUAUCAUUGGAUGGGACUAAUACAAACUCCUCCAAAUGGAUCAUGGCAAUGGGAAGAUGGCAGCAUUCUCUUACCCGACCAACUAACUAUGGUUGACAUGCAGAAUGGAACCUGUGCAGUUUAUGGAUCAAAUUUUAAAGCUUAUACAGAAAACUGUUUAACUCCAAACACAUACAUCUGCAUGCAGAGGAUUGUGUAAAAGCUGAUGAUGUAUAAAAUACAAAAGAUUCAAACACAGAGAAGCUUUUUGCCAAAUGUGCUGUGGAAAAAACUUCCAGCAGAAAAUUCCACCAAUAAUUAUUGUAUUAUUUUUCCAUCUAUGACCUGACACAAAAAUAACCUUGCAGGGGAAUAAAGGCCAAUAGUUAAAAAACUUAUCUUCCAUAAGAAUGUUUUGUUUAAUUUUUGCAAAAUUUUGGGUAACGAACAGAUUCAUUUUUACAUUUAAUAAACUGUUGAUGAAACCCAGGGUUGAACUAAAUUUCAAACUACGAGUUUAUUAAAUGUACACAAAAAUUAACACUAAGAAGGCUUUAAGAAAUUUUGAAAAUCAAAUAAAUCUAAACUGGGUGAAGGGUAUAUGAGGGUUCGUGAAAUUUACUAUAUUGAAACAUUUUCAAAAUAAGGGUUGAAAGGUCAACAGAUACACCCUCAAAAUUUCAAAAUGGCACUACUAUUUGAAUACAGCACAUUUUGGUAGAAAUUGAAUUACUCCCCCUAGUACUGCGCUGACUGCUGCAAAAUACAGAAAAUGAAGAAUUGAGUUUGAAGCGGACUUUCUAGGCUUCGAGGCAAAAAUGGCAUUUGAGUGUGAAACCCGUGGAGCGACCAAGAUGUUUCUCGGCAAACCAGUAGGAUGACAGAACUCUUGGCAAAUGGAAUAAUAACGUGCAAGUGAGCAGCAGUUGGAAGAGUCUGUGACUCUAAAGGAAGCCACUUUGUAUUGAUAGGUCUGGUUCUGCGUUUUAUUUGUUCAUUCAUUCGUUUGUUUUAGAUUCCACAUAUGAGUGAAAUCCAAUAGUAUUUGUCUUUCUCAGCCUGACUUAUUUCACUUACCAGAAUAUUCUCCAGAUCCUUCCAUGUUGUCAACAAAUGGCACAAUCUCAUCCUUUUUAAGGGCUGUGUGAUAUUCCAUCAUAUAUGUCCAUAUAUAUCUACCAUGUCUUCCUUAUCCAUCUGUCUAUUGGUGGACAUUUAGGCUGCUUCCAUACCUGAAGUGAACGUAACAUCGUGUGUCUACUAUACACAAACCGAAAAAAGUUACCAAAAAAAAAUUCUAUUUUGAUAAGAGCAGAAUGAUGAAGAAGACAAGGAGCUUAAGAAGGGGAGGAGAGAGAAGCAGAGGCUAAAUCCAGAGGUGUGGACCUUUGUGCACCCAUUAUAAUUUUGGUUUUUAUUCUAAGUGCACUUGCCAUUUGUGUGUUUUGUGACAGGCAUGAAGCCAUGGAUUGAACAGCGUUUUCAUGGAAAAUUACGAUAAAAUGUCAUAAAAAAAUCAUUUUCUUAAAUUUUUUUAAUGCUUAUCUUUAUUUCUGAGACCGAGAGAGACAGAGCAUGAGCGGGGGAGAGGCAGAGAAGGGGGGAGACACGGAAUCAGAGGCAGGCUCCAAGCUCCGAGCUGUCAGCACAGAGCCCAACACAGGGCUCGAGCUCGCCAACUGCGAGAUCAUGACCCGAGCUGAAGUCGGAUGCUCAACCAACUGAGCCACCCAGGCACCCCCCAAAAUUGUUUAUUUUCUACAUAGUCAAUCAAGGGCUGAGAAAUGUGUUGGCCCAAAUUAGUUUUUACAUACUUGUGUAAAGUAAUACGCACCAAUCAUAAUUAACAAAGCUUAGCAUUUAGUCAAGUUUGUUUUAAGAUUUUAUUAUUAAAUAUUUAAAUCACAGAGAGUGAAAUGUUCUCACCCCCACCACAACAAUAAAAUGAUAAUUAUGUGAACUGCUGGAUUUGUUAACUAACCUUAUUGUGCUACUCAUUUGUAUUGUAGAUUUGCUUUAUGUAUCAAUUGUAUUUUUAAAAUCCAUAAUAUUUUAUAUAGUUAUAAAGAGGCAGAAAUGUGAAAUCAAGCUUAUUCAAUGUAGUAUUAAACUAUCUCUGUCUUUAAUAUCAAUUUUAUCCUUGUCAAUGUUAAGCUAGCCUAUGAAAUGUAUUUAGAAAUGCUUUUUCUAUUUUCCAAAACGGCUUAUAUAAAAUUGAAAAAUAUAACCAUGAAAUUUUCAAAGAAAUCUUCCUGAAGUCCUCUGCUUCUCUUUAUGGAAAGAGUUUUAAAAAAUAAUGUUUUCGGGGCGCCUGGGUGGCUCAGAUGGUUAAGCAGCCGACUACCAAUUUCGGCUCAGGUCCUGAUCUCACGGUUCAUUUCAUGAGCUGGAGUCCCGCAUCCCUGCUGUGAGGGUAGAACCUGCUUUGGAUCCUCUGUCUCCCUCUCUCUGCCCCUCCUUCUC